GGAGCAAUCGAACAGAGAGUGGCUGCUGAAGCAGGAGAAGCAGGGUUAACGGCGCUCAACUCAUCUGGACUACCCGGGCUAACUUUAGCUACAUGUGCUGAGGUCGACUCCGACUGCAACGAUGCCCACGGUUACUUUACCGCCGAAGGAGAACGCUCUCUUCAAGAGGAUUUUGCGAUGUUACGAGCACAAACAGUACAGAAAUGGGCUCAAGUUCUGCAAACAGAUCCUGUCCAACUCCAAAUUUGCAGAACAUGGAGAGACGCUGGCAAUGAAGGGCUUGACCCUCAACUGCCUGGGGAAGAAGGAGGAGGCCUACGACCUGGUGAGGAGAGGCCUUCGCAACGACCUCAAGAGCCACGUCUGCUGGCACGUCUACGGUUUACUGCAGCGCUCCGACAAGAAGUACGACGAGGCCAUCAAGUGUUACCGCAACGCUUUGAAGUGGGAUAAGGACAACCUGCAGAUCCUCAGAGAUCUGUCGCUGCUGCAGAUCCAGAUGAGGGACCUGGAGGGAUACAGGGAGACGAGGUACCAGCUCCUGCAGCUGCGCCCCGCCCAGCGGGCCUCUUGGAUUGGAUACGCCAUCGCCUAUCACCUUCUUGAAGAUUACGAAAUGGCUGCAAAAAUCAUUGAAGAGUUCAGGAAAACACAGCAGACGUCUCCGGACAAGGUGGACUACGAGUACAGCGAGCUGCUGCUGUACCAGAACCAGGUGCUAAGAGAGGCCGGUUUGUACAAGGAGGCCCUCGAUCAUCUGUCCAACUACGAGAAGCAGAUCUGCGACAAACUUGCAGUGGAGGAGACGCGAGGAGAGUUGCUGUUGAAGUUGGAGCGUCUGGACGAAGCCACGGAGGUCUACAGGCGUCUGCAGGAGAGAAACCCGGAGAACUGGUCCUACUACCACGGCCUGGAGAAAGCCCUGAAACCAAGCAGCGUUGAGGAAAAACUCAAGAUCUAUGAAGAAACCUGGGAGAAGUUUCCUAAGGGGCUGGUUCCUCGAAGGCUGCCGCUCAACUUCCUCUCAGGUGAGAAGUUUAGGGAGUGCCUGGAUAGAUACCUGAGGAUGAACUUGAGUAAAGGCUGCCCGCCUGUCUUCACCACGCUCAAAUCGCUCUACGGUGACAAAGAAAAGGUGGCAAUUAUAGAGGAAUUAGUGGUCAGCUAUGAAACGUCGUUGAAAAGCUGUCGAAUGUUCAGCCAGAAUGAUGACGGUAAGGAGGAGCCUCCCACCACGCUGCUCUGGGUGCAGUACUUCCUUGCUCAGCACUACGACAUGAUCGGCCAGCAGACCCUGGCUCUCGAACACAUCAACACCGCCAUCGAGAGCACGCCCACGCUCAUCGAGCUCUUCCUCAUCAAAGCCAAGAUUUACAAGCACGCUGGGAACAUCAGAGAGGCGGCUCAGUGGAUGGACGAGGCCCAGGCUCUGGACACCGCCGACCGGUUUAUCAACUCCAAGUGUGCCAAGUACAUGCUGAAGGCAGGCUUGAUCAAAGAGGCGGAGGAAAUGUGCUCCAAGUUCACACGGGAGGGGGCGUCAGCGGUGGAGAACCUGAACGAGAUGCAGUGCAUGUGGUUCCAGACCGAAUGUGCGCUCGCCUACAAAGCCAUGAACAAGUUUGGAGAAGCCCUGAAGAAGUGUCACGAGAUCGAGAGGCAUUUUGUGGAGAUCACAGACGACCAGUUCGACUUCCACACCUACUGCAUGAGGAAGAUGACGCUACGCUCCUACGUGGACCUCCUGAAGCUGGAGGAUGUUCUCCGCAUGCAUCCGUUCUACUACAAGGCCGCCACCACGGCGAUCCAGAUUUACCUGAGCCUCCAUGACAAUCCCCUGACGGACGACAGCAAAGAGCUGCAGGCGGACACGGCCAACCUGUCUGAUAAAGAGCUGAAGAAGCUGAGGAACAAACAGCGAAGAGCCCAGAAGAAGGCGCAGCUGGAGGAAGAGAAGAAGAACGCAGAGAAGGAGAAGCAGCUGAAGAACCAGAAGAAGAAGAAGGAGGAUGACGACGAGGAAAUCGGAGGGCCAAAAGAGGAGCUCAUUCCCGAGAAACUGGUCAAGGUAGAAAGUCCGCUGGAGGAAGCAGUCAAGUUCCUGACGCCGCUGAAGCACCUGGUUAAAGACAAGAUUGAGACGCACCUGUUGGCCUUUGAGAUUUACUUCAGGAAAGAAAAAUCCCUGUUGAUGCUCCAGUCGGUGAAGAGAGCCCUCAGCAUCGAUCCGGACCACCCGUGGCUUCACCAGUGUCUGGUGCGCUUCUUUAAAGGAGUUUCGGAGAGCAAGGAGCUGCCGGACGUGGUCAGGACGGUGCUGAAGCAGGAAAUCACUCGGCUGUUUGGAGACAGCAACGCUAAGAGCUUCAACCAGGCCUACCUCACCAAGCACUCCGACUCCAUACCACACCGACUGGCUGCUGCUAAGAUGAUGGUGUAUUUGGACUCGUCAACGGAAACGAAAGCAGCAGAACUGGCUACAUCACUGGACGAGUCGCUCAACAACAGAACUAUACAAACCUGCACAGAAGUCCUGGAUUGUCUUCGGAGCGGCUUGCUGGGAGACUGUAAAGAACACGCCGAGUCCUACCGUGCCGAGUGUCACAAGCUUUACCCCUACACGUUAGCUUUCAUGCCCCCCGGCUACGAGGAGAACACAAAGAUGGCGAAUGGAGAUGUUUCCACAGAAACGGAAGAGCUAGCCAACGAGAUGUAAGCGCUGCAGAAGAGCAGCAGAUAAGAAAAGGAGUUGGGCUGAGCACAGAGCCUUGUGGUACGCCAGGCAGACUUCUUUUUUUUUUUUUUC